GAAAGAAGAGAAAGAUUGCAAAAAUGUUGAAGCAAGUGUCUUUAAUUUUCCUUGUUCUUUUUGCUUGCUACAUGGGAGUUCAUUCUCAAAAAUUGAAGCAUCUCACCAAUCAAAUUGAAGUGAAAGCGCCAGCAAGUGAGGUUUGGGAGCUAUACAGGCACCUUGGAAUCUCCAGGCUUGCUGCAGAUCAGCUCAAAAAUGUUAUUCAAAGCAUCAAGGUUUUGAAAGGUCAUGGUGGGGUUGGCACUGUCCUCAAACUCACCUUUGUUCCAGGGAAUUCAAGCUAUACGGAGAAAUUCACUGUGAUUGAUGACAAGAAGAGGGUGAAAGUGGCACGAGGCUUGCAAGGAGGAUGUCUAGCAAUUGGUUGCUCAGUGCAAACCGUUCGCUUAGACAUUAUAGAGAAAUCCGAGAGAUCAAGCAUCAUCAAAUCCGACAUUUCCUAUGCUGUCAAGAAGGAGUUCGAAGCAAAGGAUCCAAAGCCUAACAUCCAACUCUUGGCGGCUGCUGCCCAAAUUGCAAAAAAAUUUCUUGAGAGCAAACAUAAUGCUUAA